CCUCCCGUCACUCUCGCUCACAACACCGUGAGAGCCACAGGGCUCAUGUUGUCCAUUCAGCACACCCACACACAGUAGCACUGAGAGCGAGAUACAUUGAGUGUGUGUGUGUGUGUGUGUGUGUGUGAGAGAGAGAGAGAGAGAGACAGAGAGAGAGAGAGAGAGAGGGAUACAGCAACAAGAAGGGAAGGAGAGAGGUGCAACGUGGGGAGCGAGAGGGUGGGACGUAGCAAAGGAGAUAAAAAAUCCAAUUCCUGAACAGAAGGAUUUUCUGUUUUCUCCCGAGGAGCUGCGAAUAACCCUCGGCAAAGGAUGGCAGAAGGGGCAGAGGGAGAGGAGGAGAUUCAGUUCCUGCGAACGGACGACCAGGUCUGUCUACAGUGCACUGCCUCCGUCCUGAAGGAGCAGCAGAUUAAACUAUGUCUGUGCUGCGAGGGCUUCGGGAACCGUCUCUGCUACUUGGAAACCACAUCCAAUGCUCAGAAUGUGCCCCCGGACCUGGCCAUAAGUGCCUUCAUUCUGGAGCAGUCCCUGUCGGUCCGCGCUCUGCAGGAGAUGUUGGCCAACAGGGUGGAGAUGACCGAGUCGUCCCAAGGUGGAGGUCAUCGUACCUUACUGUACGGUCAUGCCAUCCUUCUGAGACACUACCACUCAGGCAUGUACCUGAGCUGUUUGACUACAUCUCGGUCACUCACGGACAAGCUGGCCUUUGACGUGGGCUUACAAGAGGAUUCCACUGGUGAGGCAUGUUGGUGGACCAUUCAUCCAGCCUCCAAGCAAAGGUCAGAAGGUGAAAAGGUCAGGGUGGGUGACGACCUAAUCCUUGUCAGUGUGUCCUCUGAGAGAUACCUGCACCUGUCCUACGCCAGUGGGGAUCUGAUGGUGGAUGCCUCCUUCAUGCAGACUCUGUGGAACAUGAAUCCAAUUAGUUCCGGAUGCGAACUAGCUGAGGGGUUUCUGACAGGAGGUCACGUUCUCAGGCUGUUCCACGGCCACAUGGACGAGUGUCUGGCCAUCUCUACACCGGAGGAAGGAGAAGAGAAGCGCAGGAUGGCUCACUAUGAAGGCGGUGCUGUGUGCAGUCAGGCUCGAUCCCUGUGGAGGUUGGAGCCUCUCAGAAUCUGCUGGAGUGGUGGCCACAUGAAGUGGGGGCAGUCUUUCCGUAUUCGCCACAUCACCACAGGCAGGUACCUGUGUAUGGAUGAGGAGAAGGGUCUGUUGGUGGUCGACCCAGAGAAGGCCAACACCAAACUUUCUGCUUUCUGCUUCCGUGCUUCAAAGGAUAAGGUGGAGGUGGCUCCGAAGCGUGAUGUUGAGGGGAUGGGCAUUCCAGAGAUAAAGUAUGGGGAGUCCAUGUGCUUCGUCCAGCAUGUGUCCACAGGCCUGUGGCUCACAUAUGCCGCCCUGGAUGCCAAAGCUGCCCGUUUGGGAAUGAUGAAGAGAAGGGUCAUUCUGCACCAGGAGGGUCACAUGGACGAUGCCCUAACUGUGUCACGCUCCCAAACUGAAGAGUCUCAGGCUGCCCGAAUGAUUUUCAGCACUAUAGGCCUCUUCAGGCAGUUCAACAAGGGUUUGGACUCUCUGAAUGCAAAGAACAAGUCACCAGGGGCUGCAUCGCUUCCUCUGGAGGGGGUCAUCCUGUCUCUUCAGGAUCUCAUCUUCUACUUUCGUCCUCCCGAGGAGGAGCUGGAGCACGAGGAGAAGCAGACCAAACUUCGCUCCCUGCGCAACCGACAGAACCUCUUCCAAGAGGAGGGAAUGAUCACCAUCGUGCUGGAGUGCAUCGACCGCCUGAAUGUGUACAACACGGCUGCACACUUUUCUGAAUUUGCCGGGGAGGAAGCUGCCGAGUCCUGGAAGGAGAUUGUCAACCUUCUUUAUGAGCUGCUGGCUUCUCUAAUUAGAGGAAACCGCUCUAAUUGUGCGUUGUUCUGUGACAACCUGGACUGGCUGGUCAGCAAGUUGGACCGUCUGGAGGCCUCUUCAGGUAUUCUUGAGGUGCUGUACUGUGUGCUAAUUGAGAGCCCUGAGGUUCUGAACAUCAUCCAGGAGAACCACAUUAAAUCCAUCAUCUCUCUCCUGGACAAGCAUGGAAGGAACCACAAGGUCCUGGAUGUCUUGCGCUCUCUCUGUGUGUGUAACGGUGUAGCUGUGAGGUCCAACCAGAACCUCAUCACUGAAAACCUGCUCCCGGGUCGUGACCUCUUGCUGCAGACCAACAUUGUAAACUAUGUCACUAGUGUAAGACCCAACAUCUUCCUGGGUACAUGCGAGGGGUCCACGCAGUAUAAGAAAUGGUACUUUGAGAUGAUGGUAGACUAUGUGGAACCCUUUGUGACGGGGCAGGCCAGCCACCUGCGUGUGGGCUGGGCUAUGACCGAGGGAUACAGCCCCUACCCUGGAGGAGGAGAAGGCUGGGGAGGCAACGGUGUGGGAGAUGACCUCUACUCCUACGGCUACGAUGGACUGAACCUAUGGUCCGGUACCGUCCCCCGCCAGGUGGCGGCGCCCAGCGCACACAGCCUGGCUGCAGACGACGUCAUCAGCUGCUGUCUGGAUCUGAGCGUGCCCAGUAUCUCUUUCCGUAUUAACGGCCACCCAGUCCAGGGCAUGUUUGAAAACUUUAAUGUGGACGGCCUCUUCUUCCCUGUCAUCAGCUUCUCUGCUGGAGUCAAGGUCCGGUUCCUCCUUGGCGGUCGUCAUGGAGACUUCAAGUUCAUGCCCCCGCCUGGCUACGCCCCGUGCUACGAGGCUCUGUUGCCUAGAGAGAGGAUGCGUAUUGAACCCAUCAAGGAGUACAAGCACGACUUCCACGGCGUACGCAACCUGUUGGGUCCCACGCAGUCCCUCACCCACACCUCCUUCACCCCCUGCCCUGUGGACACUGUUCAGAUUGUGUUACCACCCCAUUUGGAGCGUAUCCGAGAGAAGCUAGCAGAGAAUAUUCACGAGCUCUGGGCUGUCACCCGCAUUGAGCAGGGCUGGACCUAUGGGAGUUUCAGGGAUGACAACAAGAAACUCCAUCCGUGUCUGGUGGACUUCCAGAGUCUCCCUGAACCAGAGAGGAACUACAACCUGCAAAUGUCUGGCGAGACUCUCAAGACUCUCCUGGCGCUGGGUUGCCAUGUUGGUAUGGGUGACGAGAAAGCAGAGGAGAAUCUCAAGAGGAUCAAGCUGCCCAAGACCUAUGUGAUGACCAAUGGAUACAAGCCUGCCCCCCUUGACCUCAACCAUGUCAAACUGACCCCAAAUCAGAACCAGCUUGUAGAAAAACUGGCAGAAAAUGGGCAUAAUGUUUGGGCAAGGGACCGGGUACGACAAGGAUGGACCUACAGUAUUGUGCAGGACAUCAUGAAUAAGCGCAACCCUCGUCUGGUACCUUACAACCUGCUGGACGAGAGAACUAAGAAAACCAACCGAGACAGUGUUAAUAACGCUGUCCGCACCCUCAUUGGCUAUGGCUACAACAUUGAGCCUCCAGAUCAGGAGAGUUCUGGCCAUGGCCUCGAGAACACCCGCGGGGAUAAGGUACGAAUCUUCAGGGCAGAGAAGUCGUACGCUAUCACCCAAGGGAAGUGGUACUUUGAGUUUGAGGCUAUAACCACGGGGGAGAUGAGAGUGGGCUGGGCUCGUCCGAGUGUCCGCUCUGACACUGAACUGGGAGCAGAUGAACUGGCUUACGUCUUUAACGGCAAUAAGGCUCAAAGAUGGCAUGUUGGCAAUGAACCCUUCGGUCGCCAGUGGCAGUCUGGUGAUGUAGUUGGUUGUAUGAUUGACCUGACUGAUAUGAACAUCAUGUUCACACUCAACGGAGAAAUGUUGAUCAGUGACUCAGGCUCGGAAAUGGCGUUCAAAGACAUUGAAAUUGGGGAAGGUUUCAUACCAGUGUGCGCCCUAGGCCUGUCUCAGGUUGGAAGGAUUAAUCUUGGGCAAAAUGUAAGCAGCCUGCGAUACUUUGCCAUCUGUGGCCUGCAGGAAGGAUUUGAACCUUUUGCCAUCAAUAUGAAGCGAGACAUUACCAUGUGGUUCAGUAAAAGUUUGGCCCAGUUUGUGCCUGUACCCAACGAACACAAUCAUAUUGAGGUCUCCCGUGUGGAUGGGACUGUGGACAGCGCCCCCUGUCUGAAAUUGACCCAUAAGACGUUUGGCUCGCAGAACGCCAAUACUGACAUGAUGUUCCUCAGACUUAGCAUGCCCGUCCAGUUUCAUGAAACUUUCAAGAUCACGGCAGGCACAACCCCUCUCACGCGUUCCCUCACCAUACCCGAGGAGGAUGUGGUAGUGGUGGAGCCCGACUCAGAGUUUGAAGUUCUGAAGAAGUCUGCCGGCCGCAAGGAGCAGGAUGAUGAAAAGAAGGAGCCAUCUGUACCUAAGGAGAUCUCUAUGGAAAAUGAGAAGGACACAGUGUCAGAAAAGGGAAAGAAAAAAGGAUUCUUCUCAAAGGCCAAGAAGGUUGCCAUGACACCUCUCUCCCCUCCUCCUGCCCCUCCAACGGUGCCACGUUUGGUGGAAGAUGUGGUCCCGGAUGACAGAGAUGACCCUGACACCAUCCUGAAUACCACCACUUAUUACUAUUCUGUGAGGAUCUUUGCUGGGCAGGAGCCUUCUGGUGUGUGGGUUGGCUGGGUCACACCUGAUUACCACCAGUAUGAUCCAACCUUUGACCUCUCCAAAGUCCGCACUGUCACUGUUACUGUGGGAGAUGACAAAGGCAACAUACACGACAGUAUGAAACACAGUAACUGUUACAUGGUGUGGGGAGGGGACCUGGUCAGCAAUCAGCAGACUCGCUUCAGCCAGGAGGACAUGGUGGUUGGCUGCUUGGUCGACCUGGCAACAGGUCUGAUGACCUUUACAGCCAACGGAAAGGAGAUUAACACAUUUUACCAGGUGGAGCCCAACACCAAGCUGUUCCCUGCCGUCUUCGUUCAGCCCUCCAAUCAGAACUUGGUGCAGCUGGAGCUGGGAAAACUCAAGAACAUCAUGCCCAUCUCGGCAGCCAUGUUCCGCAGUGAGCGUAAGAACCCUGUCCCCCAGUGCCCUCCCAGGCUGGAUGUCCAGAUGCUGACCCCAGUUAUCUGGAGUCGUAUGCCCAAUCACUUUCUCAACCCGGAGGUGGGCAAAGUGAGUGAGAGGUUGGGCUGGAUGGUGGAGUGUACUGAACCUCUCAUCAUGAUGGCUCUGCACAUCCCAGAAGAGAACAGGUGUAUUGACAUCCUGGAGCUGUCGGAGCGUCAGGAUCUGAUGAAGUUCCACUACCACACCCUCAUGCUCUACUGCGCUGUGUGUGCACUUGGCAAUAACCGAGUGGCUCAUGCUCUGUGCAGCCAUGUGGAUGAAUCCCAGCUUUUCUAUGCCAUCGAGAACACCUACCUGCCUGGACCUCUCCGCAGCGGCUACUAUGACCUGCUCAUCAGCAUUCACCUGGAGUCUGCCAAACGAGCGCGUCUGGGCACCAACAGGGAGUUUAUCGUCCCCAUGACUGAAGAGACUCUCAGCAUCCACCUCUAUCCUGAUGCAAAGAAGGCCCAUUCCCUCCCCGGUGUUGGCCUGACCACCUGCUUACGGCCCAAACUGCAUUUCUCAUCCAUCAACUUUGUCGGCACAGACCCUGACUUGUACACUCUUAGUCCUGUUUUCCCCCUGCAGGAGCUGAAGACCAGGGCGAUUAGCAUGUUAACAGAGGCUGUGCUGGAUGGUAGCCAGGCUAUGCGCGAUCCUGUAGGAGGCAGUGUGGAGUUCCACUUUGUCCCAAUCCUGAAGCUGAUCAGUACAUUGCUCAUUAUGGGGAUCUUCAACGAUGAGGACACCAAGCACAUCCUCAAGAUGAUUGAUCCAAAUGUUUUCAGUGGAAAGGAGGAGGCGGAGGAGAGAGAAAAGAAAGAAAGUGGAAGUGCUGAAAUGAAGCGUGGAAGCAAAGGAGCAGGAAAGGGAGAGAAUACCGAAGCUUUAGGCAGAAGUGAAAGUAAAAAGAAUAGUCGGAAUGAGGAAAGAGAGAGAGGAAAAAGGAAAAAAAAAAAAAGAAAAGGAGAAAAAGAAAAAAAAAAAAAAGGAAAAAAAAAAAAAAAAAAAAAAAAAAAAAAAAAGAAAGAAAAAAAGGAGAAGAGAGAAAAAGAAAAAAAAAAGAGAAAGGGAAGGAAGUGGUGGGGGGGGAAAAGGAAAAAAAGAGGAGAUGGUCUGGAAGAGGGAUUACUCCAGAUGAAGCUACCAGAGUCUGUCAAACUGCAGAUGUGCACACUCCUGCAGUACUUCUGUGACUGCGAGCUGCGACACAGAGUGGAAGGCAUUGUGGCCUAUUCAGACAGCUUUGUCAAUAGUGUUCAGAAAAACCAGCGCGUUCGCUACAACCUGUUAAUGAGAGCCUUCACUAUGUCUGCUGCUGAGACUGCACGCAAGACCCGCGAGUUCCGUUCACCACCCCAGGACCAGGUUCUUUUGCUGACCAACUUUAAGCACAGUCCGGAUGAUGAGAUGAGUCCGGUGCCUGAGGAGGUGCGGGACAGUCUGGUAGAGUUCCACGUUGACCUCCUGCUUCACUGCGGUAUACAUAUUGAGGAGGAGGCAGAGGAGGAAGAGGUGGACUCCUCACUGAGAGGCAGACUCAUCAGUCUGGUGGAAAAGAUCAAGAGCUUGCGCAAGAAGGAGGAGGAGGAGAAGCCAGAGGUCGAGGAGGAUCCAAAACCCAACUCCCUUCAGGAACUGAUCUCCCACACCAUGAUCCACUGGGCCCAGGAGUCGUUCAUUCAGAACCCUGAGCUUGUCCGUAUGAUGUUCAGCCUGCUCCACAGGCAGUAUGACGGCCUUGGGGAGCUGAUCCGAGCGCUGCCCAAAGCCUACGCCAUCAAUGCUGUGUCUGUUCAGGACACCAUGGACCUACUUGAGUGUUUGGGACAGAUACGUUCGCUGCUUAUUGUCCAGAUGGGCCCAGAAGAGGAGAGGCUCAUGAUCCAGAGCAUUGGGAACAUCAUGAACAACAAGGUGUUCUACCAGCACCCCAAUCUGAUGAGAGCUCUUGGUAUGCAUGAGACUGUCAUGGAAGUCAUGGUCAAUGUGUUGGGCGGAGGAGGAGACUCGAAGGAGAUUCGAUUCCCCCAAAUGGUGACCAACUGCUGUCGUUUCCUGUGUUACUUCUGUCGUAUCAGCCGACAGAACCAGCGCUCCAUGUUUGACCAUCUGAGCUACCUGCUCCAAAACAGCGGCAUUGGCUUGGGCAUGCGUGGGUCCACACCUCUGGAUGUCGCUGCGGCUUCUUGCAUCGACAACAAUGAGCUGGCCCUCGCUCUACAAGAGCAGGACCUGGAAAUGGUGGUGACAUACCUGGCGGGCUGCGGUCUGCAGAUGUGUCCAAUGCUCCUUUCUAAGGGCUACCCUGACAUCGGCUGGAACCCCUGCGGAGGAGAGAGAUACCUGGAUUUCCUCCGCUUUGCUGUCUUUGUUAACGGAGAGAGCGUGGAGGAGAACGCCAAUGUUGUGGUGCGUCUGCUCAUCCGUCGGCCCGAGUGCUUCGGCCCGGCCCUGAGAGGAGAGGGCGGGAAUGGUCUGCUGGCUGCCAUGGAGGAGGCCAUCAAGAUCUCAGAGGAUCCAGCAAGGGAUGGACCCACUGUCAAAAAAGACAGACGCUUCAUGUUUGGUGGUGAGGAACAGCACGAGGAGAACCGUGUACAUCUAGGAAACGCCAUCAUGUCCUUCUACUCGGCCCUCAUCGAUCUGCUGGGUCGCUGUGCCCCUGAGAUGCAUCUGAUCCAAGCAGGCAAGGGUGAAGCUCUAAGAAUCAGGGCCAUCCUUAGGUCUCUCGUGCCCAUAGAGGACCUGGUGGGAGUCAUCAGCUUAUCCGUGCAGAUUCCUGCCUUCGGCAAAGAUGGUCAGAUUAUUGAGCCUAAGAUGUCCGCCAGUUUUGUCCCGGACCACAAGGCCUCCAUGGUGCUGUUCCUUGACAGAGUGUAUGGUAUCGACAACCAGGACUUCUUGCUUCAUGUGCUGGAGGUUGGCUUCCUGCCUGACAUGAGAGCUGCAGCGUCUCUGGACACGGUGGCAUUCAGUACGACUGAAAUGGCCUUGGCACUGAACCGCUACCUCUGUUCGGCUGUUCUGCCUCUGCUCACCAAGUGUGCUCCGUUGUUUGCUGGGACGGAACACCGGGCCAUCAUGAUAGACUCCAUGCUCCACACCAUCUAUCGCUUGUCCCGCGGCCGAGCCCUCACCAAGGCUCAGAGGGACGUCAUUGAGGAGUGCCUCAUGUCGCUCUGCAAAUACCUUCGACCCUCCAUGCUGCAGCAUCUGCUUAGACGGCUGGUAUUUGAUGUGCCCAUCCUCAACGAAUAUGCAAAGAUGCCCCUCAAGCUGUUGACCAAUCACUAUGAGCGCUGUUGGAAGUACUACUGCUUGCCUAACGGAUGGGCUAAUUUCGGGGUGACCUCAGAGGAGGAGCUACAUCUUACUCGUAAACUCUUUUGGGGAAUCUUUGAAUCGUUGGCGCACAAGAAAUAUGAUUUAGAACUCUUCAAGAUCGCCAUGCCCUGCCUCUGUGCUAUAGCGGGAGCCAUCCCGCCUGACUAUGUGGAUGCCACCUACUCCUCUCACACUGAGAAGAAGGCCUCUGUGGAUGCUGAAGGCAACUUUGACCCCAAACCAGUGGAGACCACCAACACAAUCAUACCAGAGAGGCUGGAUGCCUUCAUGAACAAGUAUGCAGAGCACACUCAUGACAGAUGGGCCUUUGAAAAGAUUCAGAACAACUGGACCUACGGAGAGGUGUUGGAUGAAAAUGCUAAGACUCACCCCAUGCUCCGGCCAUACAAAACCUUCUCUGAAAAGGACAAGGAGAUUUAUCGUUGGCCCAUCAAAGAAUCCAUCAAAGCCAUGUUGGCCUGGGAGUGGACCUUGGAUAAAGCUAGGGACGGGGAGGUGGAAGUCGACAAGAAGACGGCCACACGCAAGAUCUCCCAAACUGCUCAGGCCACUUACGAUCCAAGUCACGGCUACAACCCUCAGCCAAUAGAUAUCACAGGAAUGGCCCUGUCCAGAGAGCUGCAGUCCAUGGCCGAGCAGCUGGCUGAGAACUAUCACAACACCUGGGGCAGGAAGAAGAAGCUGGAGCUACAAUCCAAAGGCGGUGGCACCCAUCCUUUGCUUGUGCCUUAUGACACCCUGACGGCUAAGGAGAAGGCCAGGGACAGGGAGAAGGCCCAGGACCUGCUCAAGUUCCUCCAGCUUAAUGGAUAUGCUGUGACAAGGGGACUGAAGGACAUGGAGCAGGACAUUUCCUCCAUUGAGAAGCGUUUUGCUUACGGCUUCCUCCAGAAGCUUCUUAAAUGGAUGGACAUCGCCCAGGAGUUCAUUGCCCAUCUUGAGGCUGUAGUUAGCAGUGGUAGAGUGGAGAAGUCACCACAUGAACAAGAGAUCAAAUUCUUUGCCAAGAUUCUCUUGCCACUGGUAAAUCAGUACUUCAAGAAUCACUGCCUUUACUUCCUCUCCACUCCUGCUAAAGUCUUGGGUAGUGGAGGGCAUUCCUCUAACAAGGAGAAGGAAAUGAUUGCAAGUAUCUUCUGUAAAUUGGCUGCUUUGGUGAGGCACAGAGUAGCUCUUUUUGGAACAGAUGCAGGUGCAGUGGUGAACUGUCUGCACAUCCUCUCACGAUCACUAGAUGCCAGGACCGUUAUGAAAUCAGGCCCUGAGAUUGUUAAGGCGGUCCUGCGGCAGUUCUUUGAGAGCGCUGCGGAUGACAUUGAGAAGAUGGUUGAGAAUCUGAAACUGGGCAAAGUGUCCAGUCGAAACCAGGUUAAGGGUGUGUCCCAGAACAUCAACUAUACCACCAAUGCCUUAUUGCCAGUCCUCACUUCACUGUUCGACCACAUCGCCCAGCACCAGUUUGGAGAUGACGUCAUGUUGGACGAUUUGCAAAUAUCCUGCUAUCGUUUAAUGUGCAGUAUCUACUCUUUGGGCACAGUGAAGACUCCACAUGUCGAGAAACAGCGACCAGCUCUUGGCGAGUGCUUGGCCCACUUAGCAGCUGCUAUGCCAGUGGCCUUCCUUGAGCCACAACUGAAUGAGUUCAACAUGUUUUCUGUUUACACCACCAAGACUCCCAGAGAGAGAACCAUUCUGGGUCUUCCCAACAACGUGGAAGAGCUGUGCCCUGACAUCCCAGAGCUGGACAUCCUGAUGAAGGAGAUCCAUGACCUGGCUGAGUCUGGAGCUCGCUACACAGAAAUGCCCCAUGUGAUUGAGAUCACUCUGCCCAUGUUGUGUAACUACCUCCCACGCUGGUGGGAGAGGGGCCUAGAUAAUUUCCCCGAGCAGGAGGGCCAGCUCUGCACCGCUGUCACCUCUGAGCAGCUUAACAAGCUGCUGGGCAGCAUCAUGAAGAUUGUGGUUAACAACCUGGGUAUAGAUGAGGCCUCCUGGAUGAAGAGAUUGGCAGUGUUUUCCCAGCCCAUUGUCAGUAGGGCUAAACCAGAGAUGCUUAAAUCCCACUUCAUCCCCACCAUGGAAAAGCUAAAGAAGCGCUCAGGAAAGGUGGUGGCUGAGGAGGAACAACUGCGCAUGGAGGGUAAAGGGGAGCUGGACAGCGAAGAUGGGACCAUCAAAGAUGAGUUUGCUGUGCUGUGUCGGGACCUGUAUGCUCUCUACCCCUUGCUCAUCCGCUAUGUGGACAAUAACAGGGCAAGGUGGUUGACCUGUCCAGACCCAGAUGCAGAGGAACUUUUCAGGAUGGUGGGAGAGGUCUUCAUUUUCUGGUCCAAAUCCCACAACUUUAAGAGAGAGGAGCAGAACUUUGUGGUUAUGAAUGAGAUCAACAACAUGUCCUUCCUGACUGCUGACAGUAAAAGCAAGAUGACCAAGGCCGGAGAUGGAGAGUCUGGAGGCUCAGAGCAGGAGCGUACCAAGAAGAAGCGGCGGGGGGAUCGCUACUCUGUGCAGACCUCCCUUAUCGUAGCGGCAUUAAAGAAGAUGCUUCCUAUCGGCCUCAAUAUGUGCUCUCCUGCAGACCAGGAGCUCAUCAAUCUUGCCAAGAUCAGAUACUCACUGAAAGAUACGGAUGAAGAGGUGAGGGAGUUCUUGCACAACAAUCUGCAUCUGCAAGGCAAGGUGGAGGACCCAGCUAUGCGCUGGCAAAUGUCUCUCUAUAAGGAGAUGUCAGGAAAGGCUGAAGAUGCUGAAGACCCUGAGAAGGUGGUAAAAAGGGUGCAAGAGGUGUCUGCUGUCCUUUACCACAUUGAGGUGACGGAGCAUCCCUACAAGUCAAAGAAAAUGGUGUGGCACAAGCUGCUGUCUAAACAGCGUCGCAGGGCUGUGGUGGCCUGUUUCAGGAUGACGCCCCUGUACAACAUCCCCGCGCACAGGGCAACCAACAUGUUCUUGGACGCCUACAAACGCAACUGGUUAGAGACUGAGGGUUACUCAUUUGAGGACAAGAUGAUCGACGACUUAUCAAAAGCCCUGGAGGAAGAGGAGGAAGAGGAAGAGGAGACCGAGACGAAGCCUGACCCCCUUCAUCAGCUGAUUCUUCAUUUCAGCCGCACAGCUCUCACAGAAAAGACUAAACUUGACGUUGACCAUCUUUAUAUGUCUUAUGCUGAUAUUAUGGCAAAGAGCUGCCACAUUGGUGAGGAUGACGAAGGGGGAGAGCAGGAGGGGGAGGAGCCGUCCUUUGAGGAUAAGGAGAUGGAGAAACAGAGGCUUCUGUACCAGCAGUCCCGUCUACACAACCGUGGGGCUGCAGAGAUGGUGCUGCAGAUGAUCAGUGCCUGUAAAGGCGUACCUGGAGCCAUGGUUUCUUCCACGCUUAAACUGGGAAUCUCCAUCCUCAAUGGAGGCAACAGUGAUGUACAGCAGAGAAUGCUGGACUAUCUGAAGGAUAAAAAGGAUGUGGGAUUCUUCCUUAGCGUUCAGGCUCUGAUGCAGACCUGCAGCGUUUUGGACUUGAAUGCUUUUGAGAGACAAAACAAGGCUGAGGGACUUGGGAUGGUUUCAGAGGAAGGCACUAAUGAGAAAGUGAUGGCGGACAAUGAAUUCACGUGUGACCUCUUCCGCUUCGUGCAGCUUCUUUGUGAGGGCCACAAUAACGAUUUUCAGAACUACUUGAGAACUCAGACAGGCAGCACCACUACCAUCAAUAUCAUCAUCUGCACUGUGGACUACCUGCUGCGACUACAGGAGUCGAUCAGUGACUUUUACUGGUACUACUCAGGAAAAGAAAUUAUUGAUGAUCCUGGAAAGAGGAAUUUCUCCAAAGCAAUGACUGUGGCCAAGCAGGUCUUCAACAGCUUGACUGAGUACAUCCAGGGUCCCUGUACGGGUAACCAGCAGUCUUUGGCCCACAGCAGGUUGUGGGACGCUGUUGUGGGCUUCCUGCACGUCUUUGCUCAUAUGAUGAUGAAACUUGCUCAGAUGCACCCCGAUCCUGGACAACGAAAUGGCGAUCAUUUUUGGAGUAGAGCACACUCUGAGGACUCCAGUCAAAUUGGACUGUUGAAGGAGCUGCUGGACCUGCAGAAGGACAUGGUGGUGAUGCUUCUGUCUCUGCUUGAAGGCAAUGUGGUGAAUGGCACCAUUGCCAGGCAGAUGGUUGACAUGCUGGUGGAGUCCUCCAGCAACGUGGAGAUGAUCCUUAAGUUCUUCGACAUGUUCCUCAAGCUCAAGGACAUAGUGGCAUCUGACGCCUUCCGGGACUAUGUGACCGACCCCCGUGGGUUAAUCUCCAAGAAGGACUUCUCCAAGGCCAUGGACAGCCAGAAGCAAUACUCUUCCUCAGAAAUCCAGUUCCUCCUCUCUUGCUCAGAAGCUGAUGAAAACGAGAUGAUCAACUUUGAGGAGUUUGCCGAUCGUUUCCAGGAGCCAGCCAAAGACAUUGGUUUCAACAUCGCCGUUCUGCUCACAAACCUGUCCGAGCACGUACCCCACGACACGCGCCUUCAGAACUUCCUGGAGCAGGCCGAGAGCGUGCUGAACUACUUCCGCCCUUUCCUCGGCCGCAUUGAGAUCAUGGGAGCCAGCAGGAAGAUCGAGCGCAUUUACUUUGAAAUCAGCGAGGCGAACCGCAACCAGUGGGAAAUGCCACAAGUCAGAGAGUCCAAGCGGCAGUUCAUCUUUGACGUGGUCAAUGAGGGCGGGGAGAGUGAGAAAAUGGAGAUGUUUGUGAACUUCUGCGAGGACACCAUCUUUGAGAUGAACAUUGCUGCGUCUAUCUCCGAGCCCGAGGGAGACGGCGCGGAAGAGGAGGACGACGAGGAAGAGGAGGAGGGCGCGGGAGACCAAGGAGAGUCUGGAGAAGGAGACGAAGGCAAUGGAGACGAAAUGCCUCCAGAGUCCGCCUCAGCCUUUGCAGACUUUCUGAAGAGCGUGGUCGAAUUCUUCAACAUGUUCACCUUCCGUAACCUGCGGCGUCGGUACCGCAAACUAAGAAAAAUGACGAUAAAGGAGAUGGUGAUCGGCCUGGCUACAUUUAUCUACACCAUUGUGAUGGGUAUCCUGAUGUUUGUUUAUGGCAUAUGUAAGGGCUUCUUCACACUCAUAUGGAAGGUGCUGUUCGGUGGAGGCUUAGUGGAGGGCGCCAAGAAGAUAACGGUGACAGAGAUCCUAGCCAGUAUGCCAGAUCCCACACAGGACGAAGUUCACGAGGACCUGCCACCUGACCCUGGGGCUAGAGAGGUCCAAGACGCAGACGGGGUGUCAGACCUCUUAGAUAACGUGGGAGGAGAGGAGGAAGAGGAGGAUAGCGAGGAGCGGGAAGGCGGACGCCUACCUGGUUUCAAUACUCCUGGGGGACUCGGGGACUUUGGCGAGACGACAGCUGAAGAGCCUCCGACUCCAGAGGGCACGCCGCUGCUGAAGAGGAAAUUGUUGGAAGCCGCAGUGGGAGGACCAGAAGAGGAGGAACAACCUGUUCAACCUGAAGAAGAGGCUCCUCAGGAGACUGAGAAAGCAGACACCGAGAAAGAAGAGAAGGCAGAGAAGGCAGAGCCUGAACUUAAGGAGGAAGAGCCCGAGGUGAAAGAGGAGCCGACUGUGCAGACCAAGGCAAAGAAGGACAAGAAACAUGCCGAGGAGGGCUUUGAGCUGUGGAAUGAGCUGGAGGUUCAGAGGAUUAAAUUCAUGAACUACCUUUCUCGCAACUUCUACAACCUUCGGUUCUUGGCCCUUUUUAUUGCCUUCGCUCUCAAUUUCCUCCUGCUCUUCUACAAGGUGUCUGACAAUCCUCCAGGCGAGGAGGAGUUUGACGAUCCUGGUCUGUUUGAGGCCUCUGGCCUGUUUGAAGGCUCCGGCGCUGAGGAGGAUGGGUCCGGAUUAGAUGAAGAAGGAGGAGGAGAAGAUGAUGAAGAAGAAGGUCCCAUGUACUACUUCUUGGAAGAGAGCACAGGCUACAUGACGCCAGCCAUGGCCUUCUUCGGUAUCAUUCACACCAUCAUCUCCUUCCUCUGCAUCAUCGGCUACAACUGCCUCAAGGUCCCUCUGGUUAUCUUCAAGAGAGAGAAGGAGCUGGCCAGAAAGCUGGAGUUUGAUGGUCUCUAUGUCACUGAGCAGCCUGAGGACGAUGACAUCAAGGGCCAGUGGGACAGGCUGGUGCUCAACACUCCAUCUUUCCCUAACAAUUACUGGGACAAGUUUGUGAAAAGAAAGGUGCUGGAUAAAUAUGGUGACAUCUACGGCAGAGAGAGGAUCGCGGAGUUGCUCGGUAUGGACUUGGCUUCUCUAGACGUCAGUGCCAUGACGCACGAAAAGAAGCCUGAACCAGACACCUCAAUGUUGAGCUGGGUCACAUCUAUUGACAUCAAGUACCAGAUCUGGAAGUUUGGUGUUAUUUUCACCGACAAUACCUUCCUCUACCUGGUUUGGUACUUGUUGAUGUCUCUGCUUGGACACUACAACAACUUCUUCUAUGCCGCUCAUCUUCUGGACAUCGCCAUGGGUGUCAAAACCCUGCGCACCAUUCUGUCCUCUGUUACUCACAACGGCAAACAGCUGAUGAUGACAGUGGGUUUGCUGGCUGUGGUGGUGUACCUGUACACCGUGGUGGCCUUCAACUUCUUCCGCAAGUUCUACAACAUGAGUGAGGAUGAGGACGAACCGGACAUGAAGUGUGAUGACAUGAUGACUUGCUACCUGUUCCACAUGUAUGUUGGCGUGCGUGCCGGCGGUGGCAUAGGAGAUGAAAUUGAGGACCCAGCCGGGGAUGAAUAUGAGCUCUACCGAGUGGUGUUCGACAUUACCUUCUUCUUCUUCGUCAUUGUCAUCCUGCUGGCUAUCAUCCAGGGUUUGAUCAUUGAUGCCUUUGGAGAGCUGAGAGAUCAGCAGGAGCAGGUCAGAGAGGACAUGGAGACAAAGUGUUUCAUCUGUGGAAUUGGAAGCGACUACUUUGACUCUACGCCACACGGCUUCGAGACACACACCUUAGAAGAGCAUAACUUAGCCAACUACAUGUUCUUCCUGAUGUAUCUCAUAAACAAAGAUGAAACAGAACACACAGGACAGGAAUCAUACGUGUGGAAGCUGUACCAGGAGCGAUGCUGGGACUUCUUCCCUGCUGGAGACUGCUUCAGGAAGCAGUAUGAGGACCAGCUCGGAUAACGUCCUGCAGCGCCAACGUCUUGAGGGACAGGAAGAGAGGAGAGGAAAGAGGAGUGGAGUGGAAAGAUUAGAAAUUUAGAAAUUGAACACGUCUGUCUUAGUCAUAUACCUUUAGUCUGCGCAUUUCUCUCCUCCAUUAAAGCUAUGCACACUUUGACUGCACUGUUGCACCACCUGCAGCAGAAUGUCGGAUGUUUAUAGAUUUGAGAAAAGCAGAAGAAUAAUAUCAGAGAGGCGUAAAAAAGACACAAGAAGCCAGGGGCCUUUUUAUUCCGCUAUGAAUACACUACAUGGCCUUUUUGGUGUAAAAUAUACAUGGACUGCCUUGCAUAUCAAUGCAUUUAUACAAAACGGGCUCUUUCAGUCGCUACUGCUGUAAACGUUUUAGUGCCUAUAGCAAUGUCACUGCUUUAGCGAUCAAAUAGUUUUAGUUUCAACACUUUUAUUUGAGAUUAGAGUGGAUAUGUUUUAUUUAUAUUGUCUGUAAGGUUGGGAUUUUUUUUUUUUUUGUCAUAUGUGGCUGCUGCCGUUUGAUACUUACAUUUCUGAUUUCUGGCGUUUGAUCGAGAGAAAGCGCUUUUGAAAGAAAAUGAUUCAGCAGCUCACAGUCGUAUCUCCGAGAUGCUUGAGAGGGAGCAGUGAACAUUUUAGGCGUGCUUUCGCUCCUUUUUCUUCCUCUCUCUCGGGAGUUAGGAACCCGUCCUCAAACAAGCGAUCAUGAUAGGAAACUCUUGUCGGACUGAAGUGCCAAGAUAACAAACUAAUUAGCAUCUGCGUACGUGACAUAUACCAGUGUGAAUCAGCUGUAUAGACAAACCCAGUUUGCACUCUGAAGUCUUACAAUGCGUCCCUGGAUGUAUGUGGCCCCUUAUCUCCGCUGGUGUCUCGGUCCCAUUUAAGAUAGUGAUGAUGUACACACAUACAGUAUAGGAGGAUACCAAGGGUGUUUAUUUAUUGUUUAUAUGCAGAUCAAAUCUCUGAAGACGACCGUUUUAGCCCGUCUGUAUUUCUGGCCAACAGUCUGUUUUAUGACAAUUUAUGCACAAAUAAGUUUUUGUCAGUGCAUUAAAAAUAACUAAUGAAUGUAUUUAGUGUAUACAUUAUGUCCAAAGUGUCAUGUGUAUAACUUGAGUAAUGUCUAGGCUGCUUAGAGGCCUUUUAAUGAAAAGACAUAUUUUACAUAAAUCAUAGAUACAUAUAUAUUUUUUUUUUCUUCAGGGCUUUGAAGAAUUUCGCCGAUCAUGCUUCUUUGUCGGACUUGAACAUGUCGCGUGUCCCGUUUGUGAAAUCCACAAUGGUGAAGAGACUUGAUCUCACACUGAAGUAAAUGCCCAGUUUGCAGUCAGAAGGGCGCGUUAGCUUUUGUUUUUGCUCGUUAGGUUUUUAUGAUAGAUAUUUUUAGGAAUCCAGCAUAUCAGUUUAUUUUUCUCAAAUCCCUGCGUUGAUCUCAGACACUUCUGUCUCACUAUGCCUCUUACAGAUCACAAACAAACUCUCAAACUCUCUCGCAUUUAAUGUCAUGACUCACUUUGUCAGAUGCAGAGCAGUAUUUUGUUUGCUGGCGACUCUGAAGUCUGUAUUUGCCACGUGGUCCACACGGAGGCAGCUGACCGUACGGAGCUGAGUGUCCUCUGACUGAACCCUGUGUUUCAAUACAGAAUAAACAGAUUAUUUUAAGGAGAA